UUUUUUUAAUUUCUUAUCCGAUGCUUCAAACUCUUUUCUUUCUGUCUCUCUCUCUCUCUCUCUUCCAUUAACGAUACAUACAUCUUUCUCUCUCUCUCUCUCUCUCUAUCUAGAGAAGGAUCGAUCUCAAGAAUCAUCGAAACCCUAAAAAUUUUAAUUCUUGUUAGGACCCUUCAAGAUUGUGGGAUUCAAUUUGUAUAUAGUAUUUGUGUGAUUAAUUUUUUAUACUUUGUAUAAAUUCUUUGAUUUUAUUUUUAUUUUUUGCUUUUUUUUUUUUUGGAGUUGGGUUUUCUGCUUCGGUCAUAAAUAGAGGCAGAUUCAUACCCCCUCAAGAAAAAAAUACAUACGGCAAAGGAGGUUUUUUGAUGAGUUUUGUUGUUGUGUAUUGGUAUUGAUAUUUACAUAAACCAACAAAAAAGAAAAAAAACCGAUAGACAAGCCGCCGGAUUUUACUCUUUUUGAGCUUGUUUUUUUCUGGUGGUUGUGAUUAAUGUGAAGGAGGAAAGAAACAGAGGACGACGGUGUGGUGAGUGAAGUCGAACCGUUUUUUUUUGUUGCGAUUUGCAUGAAUUUGGAUGGGAUUUGAGUUGUAAGCUGAUGAUGGAGACACCUGUAAGAAGAAGGGGUUUGGCUUAGUUAGUAUCGAUAAUAAAAGGGGCGAGAGUUGUUGGAGGUUAUGUUCAUUAGAGAAGUGAGAGGGCUGAGCAGCUGUGUGUGGUUUGUUGUCUUGGGAGUUGCUGUGAGGGCUAUUUGCUUUGGUUUUGCCGUUUGGGGAUGAGGAAUGAUGGGCAGAAAAGUGGUGAUGGUGGAGCACUGGUGCCGCGGCCGGGUAGGGGUAACAACGGGAUCAUUCCCAACUCGUUUAAGGCUCUCUCGAGUUACCUGAGGGUUGUUUCCUCGGGUGCAUCAACUGUGGCCUCCACCGUUAGGUCUGCUGCAUCUGCAGCUUCUUCGGCUAUUGUGGAGAGGGAUGGUGACACCUACCAUGAUCAGGUUUCCUGGGCUGGAUUUGACAAACUAGAACUUGAAAGAGGUACCACACGGCAGAUUCUCUUGCUGGGGUUCAGUUAUGGAUUUCAGGUCUGGGAUGUUGAAGUAGCAGACAAUGUCUGCAACCUAGUCUCCAGGCAUGAUGGCCCUGUUUCAUUUCUGCAACUGUUGCCAAAACCCUUGGCAACAAAACAAUCUGGGGAUAACUUUGCGGAUAAUCGCCCAUUGCUGGUUAUUUGUGCUGAUGGAUCCUUCUCUGGAGGUAAUAAUGAUCAGGAGGGAUCAGGUACUACUUGUAAUGGGUCCACCCAACAAUGCCAUGGAUCAGUUAACAAUAGUUGCGUGCCUACAGUUGUUUGGUUUUAUUCCUUGAGAUCUCAGUCCUAUGUACAUCUUUUAAGAUUUAGAUCAGUUGUUCAUUUAGUGCGAUGCAGCUCUCGAGUUGUUGCUGUUUUACAGUCGACCCAGAUACAUUGUUUUAAUGCUGCUACAUUAGAAAGAGAAUACACGAUCCUUACAAAUCCAGUGCCAAUUGGAUGUUAUGGAUCUGGAAAUAUAGGCUGUGGACCCCUUGCUGUGGGGCCCCGUUGGAUGGCUUAUAGCGGCAGUCAAGUUGCAAUCUCAAAUUCUGGUCGCAUAAGCCCACAACAUCUUACAUCGUCACCUACUUUCCCUUGUCCUGCUUCAAAUGGAAGCCUUGUUGCACAUUAUGCAAAAGAGUCAAGUAGGCAACUUGCUGCUGGUAUUGUUACUUUAGGGGACAUGGGUUAUAAGAAGCUAUCGAGGUACUAUUCUGAGCUGUUACCUGAAGGUAACAAUGGUCGGUCAGGGACUGCUCGUGUGAAGGUACACGAUAUUGUUAAUGGACACUCGCCAGAUGCAGACAAUGUUGGCAUGGUCAUUGUGAGAGACAUUGUGAGCAAAACUGUGAUUGCGCAGUUUAGGGCUCAUAAAAGUCCUAUUUUAUCGUUAUGCUUUGAUCCCAGCGGUACCCUUUUGGUGACGGCAUCGGUUCAGGGCCACAACAUAAAUGUUUUCCGUAUAAUGCCUGGAAAUUCUGGAGGCUCUGGAGCGGCUUCUGGAUCAUCUUAUGUUCAUCUCUACAGGCUGCAACGUGGUCUCACAAACGCUGUUAUACAGGACAUAAGUUUUAGCUGUGAUAGCAAAUGGAUUAUGAUUAGUUCCUCGAGAGGGACAAGUCAUCUUUUUGCUAUUUCUCCAUCAGGAGGAUUAGUUAAUUUUCAGUCAACUGAUGCUUUUGUCAGCACAAGAGGUGUUGGACCCAGCUUGACGACAAAGCCUGCAGUUCGUGGGUCACCAAGUUCAGGAUUACAGGUGCUGACCCAACAGGAUAUCUGUGCAUCUGGCCCAACAGUUACCCUUUCUGCGGUUAGCCGAAUAAGAAAUGGAAGUAAUGGUUGGAGAAACACAGUAAGUGGUGCAGCUGCAGCCGCAACUGGGUGGUCGAGUUCUCUCUGUGGGGCAAUUGCAUCAACUUUUCACAACUGCAAAGGCAAUGAUAUGCAUGGCGAUUCAAGUUCUCUGAACAGAAACUAUUACCUGCUUGUUUUUUCUCCUGGCUCUAUGACACAAUAUUUACUGCAUUUUCCUCCUGCUUAUAAUGGUAUGAGGCCUGGAGUAAGUGUCACUUCUGAAUCCAGUUUUGGCUAUGAUGCGAGAUUAAUGGUUGAGCCAAUCCAGAAGUGGAAUAUUUGUCAAAAGCAAAAUUGCAAGGAGCGAGGAGACAAUAUUGAUACAUAUGGAGAAAAUGGAAAUCCAGAUAGCAGUAAAGUAUACCCUGAAAAAAUGAAAUGCGAAAAUGAUGUAUUUUCUGAUGUGCUCGGUACAACUACAAAAGAAAAGAUCACUAUGGAAGAAAAGCAUCAUAUGCAUAUAUCUGAAGCAGAGCUCCAAAUGCAUCAAAACCAGAACCCAUUGUGGGCGAGGUCCGAGAUAUAUUUUCAGUCAAUGCUGACUGAUGGCUUUAACAUAAAAGAAGAAGGUGCUUGUGGGGGAGAGAUUGAGAUCGAAAGAGUCCCCACUCGAAUGCUUGAAGCAAGGUCUAGAGGCUUGGUUCCAGUUUUUGAUUAUCUUCAAACUCCCAAGUCUCAACAGGGGAGGAUUACGGAUGGCAACAACAAUGGGCAAAUUGACCCUCAAGGGUCUGAUGUAUCUGAGUAUGGCAAGCUUGCCGGCAGGAGCAGUUCUGGUUCUCUCGACUCCAUUGCCAAUGCUGGCAUCAUAGACGAUGAAUAUAGCCUUCAUGACAAAGGACAGGAUGGUCUUCAGUUCACUGAAACCAGUGGGGGCUUUGUAAAUACUAAUGACACCCCAAUAGUGAACGCUUGGGUUGACAAUGUAAAUACUAGAGAUAACUCUGUGACGGAGAGCCAACAUAGAUCUGUACAUACUAUAGAUGGCCUGAAAGUGGAGAAUCAAUCUGCGGAGGGUGACGAGUUUGACUAAAGGUGUGAAGAUAUUCUUUUAUUCUCUGGGAGGUGCUUUAUAGAGGAGCACGAACAAGGCGCGUCGGAUUGUGGUGGUAGAGUGCUCCUUGUGUUGAUUUACAUUAUGUAACGUUGUAAAUGAAGACUCAGAUUGUAAUUAGCUUCAAUAUGUAAAUGAAAUAUUAUGGUACCGAAUAUUGCAAUCCUCCUGUUUCAUUUACUGCCAUUUUCAUCCAUUUUAGUGAAUGCUGCUGUCUAUCCUGCUUGUUGAUUAA